AUGUCUAUCCCAUUCUACGACACCUCUAUUGCCCCUGUCAAGCAGGCUCUUACCUCUCUUGCCAACAUCGUCCGCAAAGGAGAGGAGCACGCCAAUGGUGCCAACCUCCUCACUGCCUCCCUUCACGAUGACAUGAAGCCAUUGAGCUUCCAGAUCUGUCUUGUCGUCAACCUUGCCGAGAAGCUGGUCGCCAGAGCCACCGACACCGCGGUCCCAGAGUCCGUUAUGGAGCUUGCCUCAUUCGCUGAUGCUCACGCACUCAUUGAGCGGGGUCUCAAGGCUGUCGACGGUACCGAUAAGGCCGCUAUCGAUAACAACGCCGAGAAGGUUGUCGAAGUUGGUAUGGGCCCUGGUGUCAACUUCCCCAUGCGUGUGGACAACUAUGCCCACGCUUUCACCAUCCCUAACAUCUACUUCCAUGUUGUUACUGCCUAUGCUAUCCUGCGAAAGGAGGGCGUGCCCCUUGGCAAGAUUGAUUACCUCGGUGCCUGGAUGGGACCUUACCUUCCUCAGAAGGAGUAA